GGAGGAAGAACAUGGCGGGCGCGGCGGGGCCUGCUGCCGGCUCAGGGGCCGCCGGCGGAGAUGGAGACGAUUCGCUCUACCCCAUCGCGGUCUUAAUCGACGAGCUCCGCAAUGAGGACGUGCAGCUCCGUCUCAAUAGCAUUAAGAAAUUAUCGACAAUUGCUCUAGCACUUGGAGUAGAAAGGACACGAACUGAACUGCUGCCAUUCCUUACAGAUACAAUUUAUGAUGAAGAUGAGGUACUGUUAGCUCUUGCUGAGCAGCUGGGAAAUUUCACUGGCCUGGUGGGAGGUCCUGACUUUGCCCACUGUUUGUUGCCUCCUCUGGAAAGCCUGGCAACUGUGGAAGAGACUGUGGUUCGAGAUAAGGCUGUGGAGUCCCUGAGGCAGAUUUCGCAGGAGCACACGCCAGUGGCUCUGGAGGCUCACUUCGUACCUCUGGUGAAGCGCUUAGCGAGUGGGGAUUGGUUCACCUCUCGCACAUCUGCAUGUGGUUUGUUCAGCGUUUGCUAUCCUAGGGCUUCCAUUGCUGUCAAAGGAGAAAUUAAACAGUACUUCCGUUCCUUGUGCUCAGAUGACACACCAAUGGUCCGACGUGCUGCUGCUUCCAAACUGGGUGAAUUUGCAAAAGUUUUGGAAUUAGACAGUGUGAAAAGUGAAAUCGUUCCUUUGUUCACUAAUCUAGCUUCAGAUGAACAGGACUCAGUGCGCCUGCUGGCCGUGGAGGCCUGUGUCAGUAUUGCCCAGUUACUGUCUCAGGAGGACAUUGAGGCUUUGGUGAUGCCUACACUUCGACAAGCUGCAGAAGAUAAAUCUUGGCGAGUUCGCUAUAUGGUAGCUGACAAAUUUUCAGAGCUCCAGAAAGCUGUGGGUCCCAAAAUCACCCUAAAUGACCUCAUCCCCGCCUUUCAGAACCUACUCAAAGACUGUGAAGCUGAAGUCCGAGCAGCAGCUGCCCAUAAAGUAAAAGAACUUUGUGAGAACUUGCCUAUAGAAGGUAGAGAGACCAUAAUUAUGAAUCAAAUUCUACCCUAUAUAAAGGAAUUAGUAUCUGAUACAAAUCAACAUGUCAAGUCAGCUCUAGCUUCUGUAAUUAUGGGGUUGGCUACCAUUUUGGGCAAAGAGAAUACCAUUGAACAUCUUCUGCCUCUCUUUUUAGCUCAGUUAAAGGAUGAGUGUCCUGAGGUUCGUUUGAAUAUCAUCUCCAAUUUGGAUUGUGUAAAUGAAGUGAUUGGAAUCCGGCAGCUCUCUCAGUCACUCCUUCCUGCCAUAGUGGAGCUGGCUGAAGAUGCUAAAUGGAGGGUCCGGCUGGCCAUCAUCGAGUAUAUGCCACUGCUGGCCGGCCAGCUGGGUGUGGAAUUCUUUGAUGAAAAGCUGAAUUCUUUAUGUAUGGCCUGGCUUGUGGACCAUGUGUACGCCAUCCGGGAAGCUGCCACCAGUAACCUCAUGAAGCUAGUUCAGAAGUUCGGUACAGAGUGGGCCCAAAAUACCAUCGUUCCCAAAGUGUUAGUAAUGGCGAAUGAUCCUAAUUACUUGCAUAGAAUGACCACUUUAUUCUGCAUUAAUGCACUGUCUGAAGCCUGUGGUCAGGAAAUAACCACUAAGCAGAUGCUGCCUAUUGUAUUGAAAAUGGCAGGAGAUCAAGUAGCAAAUGUCCGUUUCAAUGUGGCCAAAUCUCUACAGAAAAUUGGACCAAUUCUGGAUACCGAUGCUUUGCAGGUGGAAGUUAAGCCGGUACUACAGAAGCUAGGCCAAGAUGAAGAUAUGGAUGUCAAGUAUUUUGCACAGGAAGCCAUAAGUGUGCUUGCACUGGCAUAACGAGGAACGAGGGGGAAGACUUUACUAAGUUCUUAUCACAGAUUUCUAGUCAAUGUGUUCUUGAACUGGGUGGAGAGAAAAAUGGAAAACCUUCAAGACCUCAUCCGAGCAAAUGGCAGCACCUUACAAGAAAUCAAAUUUCAGUGACUUGAUUCUUUCUAAAGAUGAGAUGGCAUUGUUUUUCACUUGUCUUCCUUGUUGGGAUAAUUUAAACUGUUCUUAUUGUUUGUGACUAAACUGUUCUUAUUGUUUGUGACCAAUUUCUGAUACUCUGCACAGUCAUUUCUUGACUGUCUCCUAAUGAUUUAUUUAGUACCGUCUGGGCUCCUGUAUCGUCGUCGUUUAAUCAGGUCCCAGCCUCUUUAAUAUUCCACCAAGCCUGGACAGGUUUUGGACCCAGACGUGGAACAGAGUGAUAUUUUUGAUGUUUACAUGUAUCUGUGUGUCUCCAUUCCAGAGUUAAAUGUACAUGGCUUAGAAUAACUUAUUUUAUGAGCACUCCACGUGGGAGACAGACUGAGAUUUAACUGUAGUGAAAACCAUAUUCUCCUGGAUGAUGAUGGUCCGUGUCAGUGUCUCCUGCGGAAGGGGAAUGUGCACACUCAGGGUUCAUGUGUUGGUUGUUUUGGUUUUUAUUUGCUCGAUUUUGGCUGUAAUCAUGUCAUUCAGAAACCUGAAGUGCAGAUGCAUCUUGCUCCUGAUGUGUUGUGUUAAAACCUAACUCCAUUUCUGCAGCUCCCCACUGUGACUGUGUUCAAAAAUACUCCUCUUUCUCCCUGCUGAGAUGCUUAAAAUUUAGUGCCUCUUAAUAAGCAGUGGUUCUACUGUUUGAUUGUAGAUUGCAGUUGCAUUUCUAAUGAGUAAAGGAACCAGUGGUACAACAUUGAGGAUUUCCUGCUCCUUACCUGGUUCUGCUUUCAGCUGUGUGGACAUUUGGUUCUUGCUAUAUUAUACAGUAAUAGCUUUCCAAACUGAAGGUUCAUUUUUUUGGUAAGGGUGAUGCUGGAAUCUUAUCAUUUGAAAUGUUAUCCUACUUUUAUAGUAAAACCUCAUUAAUUCCUCCUGGAAUUGAUAAUGACUUAAAGCUGAAGGGUUUGCUGAAGCAAAUUAAUUGUAUGUAAGGAAGCCUGAUUGGUCUGAACUACUUAAACGCUCUUUAAAAAGCACCCUUUUCGCACUUGAUAUGCCUAGUUUCUUAUCACUCUCAUCAGUUAUAUUAAAAUACCUCACGACUGAAGCGACUUAGCAGCAGCAGCAGCCUUCUGUCUGGUUUCCUGUCUUUAUUCUUACUGGGUUUCCACAUUACUGUCAGGUUUAAUUUCUAAAAGCACUGUGCUGAUCCUCCCCAGCCCCCUGCUCAUAAACUCUCGGUGACUCCCCAUUAUCUAACCCCCCCUGACCUCAACCUCGGAGUCCUGAGCCCAGAAUCUGAAGUUAGGGGACCUGUACUUAACUAGGCUCUGCUGUAAACUUACUGAGUGACCUUGGGUAUGCCACGACAAAAUUUGCAAAUAGGGCUUUGGAUUUGAUAACUGCUAAGGUUUCUUCAAGCUCCAUCAGGUCACUGUUCUUUUUAACAUUAAUCCUUACUCACCUCCUGUGUUAUCGCUGGGCUGUUCUGUGAUUUCCUGCCUUAUGCCUUUGUUGGAGCUCUCAUCUUCUAGUCUGGAAUUCCUGCUCCUCAGUUCCUUUUCUCUGUACCUUCACAUAAGUCCUAUCCUUUGUUUUGAAAUAAUGUUACCUGGCUUUGAACUCUUGGUAUCAGCCUGUGUCACCUACUUUGUGUUAAUAUAACUAUUCUAGUUUUAAAAAAUCUUCUAUUAGUAAAAAAAAAUAAAUAAAAUACCUUCUGUGAGGAUCUUUACCCGGCCACACCUUUAUUUAGAUACAUUAAAUUUGCUCUUUAUACGUGAUAGAUAUACACACAUAUUUAAUGGAGGAUUUAAAUAUUUUUUCUUUUAAAUUUAUGAAGAUUUUUCACGUAUGUCUUGCCCUAAUGACUUUUUAAUUAAUGAGGUUUUAUUAUAGCUUAUUUUUCUCUCAGUGCAUCUUGCUGAGUCUGAGUCUUGCUGUAGUCUGCUUGUUUCCAUUUUGGUUUUCAAAUAGUUUCUUUCAUUUAUAGUCUCUUAAAGCCAAUGAGCCCUGUUCUGUUUUGUGAAGGCACGAAGACUUCUAGGAAGCUUUGUACAUUAAACCAUUUCAGAAAACCAAGUUUGACCAAAUACUUUAAAGUUUGUCUUACCUUAGAAAAGCAGAACAUUUAAAGUCAAAAUUAUCUGAGUGCAUUUAAAACUGCCAAACUAGUUUAUAGUUAUUUUCUAUUUUUUUACUUCAGGGCGAAGGACUAAAUAUUUUCUUAGGCAAAAAUCUUUUCUUUCCCUGAAGAAAUCAUUAAUUAUUAUGCUGUAAACAAUUUUUGUUUCAUGGUUCUUUUUGUUUUUUUAUUACCUUGCAGUUAUGCUCAUCAUUGAAUUUCAUAUUUGAGAGACUUUUGCCUUAAUUGAAAUGAAUUUACACAACCAUUGCUGUCCUCUGGUUUGGGGACAGAUUCUUUACUGGUUUUGUGAACCUCCUGGGGAGCACUGUGCAUUGACUUCCACCCUCAGAUGUGGUGAAGGGGAGACUGUGAACCCUUUCUCUCUCAGGCUUGGGUCAGGGAGCUCAGCAGGGCCCUGUGGUUUUGGGUCACCCUAUAGGGACUUCAUUGUUUCUUCUGACUUCAACAAUAAGGAUCCAUUUUGUUACUCUUCAGAGGAACUGUUCUUUGGCUCAUAACUUUUCUCCAUGUAUUAGUUUUCUUGCCUUAAUUUCACAGGAAUGUAAGCUCCAGGAGCUCUGUAAGGGCUGGGGUUUUUGUUUUGUCUUCUGCUGUAUCUGUACCACCAGCAUUUGGGUUAGUGUCUGGUGUACAUAGUAGGCGCUCAAUAAAAAUGUGUUCAAUGCAUUUCUAAAA